GGAAGUUGUAACUAACAGACUAAAUAGGAUCUACAUUUGUACCUUCCUGGUACGCCGUAUAAACAUCGUUAUAAGAACUUCCAGACUACUUAUAUUGUCAAAUACAACAUAAUAUAGCCUGAUAACAAGUAUUUAACAGAAGAUCAACAUAAUGGAUUUCGGCUCAGAUUAUGUGUAUGCCUAUGACACCUUGGAGUAUGAAGUCAUAUCUGAUGAAGAGUAUGAAGCUGGUAUGGAUGUCAGUGAUUCUGACUCCGACUCAGAAGAUGAAAUAGUUAGUGACAGUUUGAUUGAGCUCCCAUCAGCAUUAGAUUUAACUUUAAGUUCUACUGUGCCCCCGCCCCCUCCUGCCUUACCAGGUGCGGCACGCAAGGAAAAGAGGAAAUCUGGAGGCAAAGCCAAAUGCAAAAAGAGGGGACAUUGGAGAAGCGCACCUCUAGGAGAUGCUGAUGCAACAAAUUUUGACACUGUACCUAGUGGGCGGAGAGAACGAAGAGCAGACACCAACAUUGUGUCCAUCAAUUUUCAGACUCUUGUAACCCCAAGUAACAUGCACACUGGUGAUGCUGUGUACUGUGACAGCUGUCAGGCCAUUCUCUCCCAUCUCUGCAAGCUUGAGGACAGUGGGGACGCCAAGGUUUGGAGGUGUGAGUUCUGUGGUCAGGAGAUGGUGGUGGACAUCGUGGAGGAAGAGAAGCCGACUCAGGAUGACGUGACAUUUAUGCUGUCCCCUGCCCUUUCUACCACAAGCAGUGGACCCAAAGGCACAGACAGUUCACUGGUCAUCUUCUGUGUGGACGUCUCGGGCAGCAUGUGUAUCACUACAGAGGUACCAGGCAAAUUGAAGUUAAGAGGAGGAGGUAGCGCCCGGCAUGUCCAUCGGCUGCAGGAGGACAGGCGUGACCAAUUCUUGCCGAACCAGAAAAGAAAUGUGACAUUUGUCUCGAGAUUACAAGCUGCUCAGGCCGCUGUUGACCAACAGCUUGAGGAGAUGUCCAAAAACCACCCAAACAGACGAGUGGCACUCAUAAUCUUUAAUAACGAGGUUGUAGUAUUGGGCGAUGGUAAGACUACGCCUGUAACCAUUGCUGGAGACAAGCUGACAGAGAGGGAGGAACUGGUGAAGAUCGGCUCGGACCUUCCCUGCCCUGGGGACAUCAAAUCCGCACGCUCAACACUCAGCACCAAAAUAUUUGAAUUGGAGGAAGGUGGGGCUACAGCUCUCGGUCCUGCCCUACUUGUUGCUACAACAAUGGCCUCUCAACAACCAGGUUCCAAAGUGAUCAUUUGCACUGACGGGCUGGCCAAUGUCGGUCUCGGCCGCCUGGAUAUAUCCACUAGGGAGAUGCAGGAGACAUCUCUCGACUUCUAUGAAAGUGUUGCUGAGACAGCUGCAGACAAGGGAGUGUCUGUGUCGGUUAUAAGCAUGGAGGGGACGGACUGUAAGUUGAUACAACUCGGUAAAGUGGCAGACAAGACUGGAGGACAGAUUAACAUUGUGGACCCACUGAAGCUCACACAGGAGUUCUCGACGAUACUGGAAGGCCGCAUCAUAGCAACGAAUGUGGUGGCCACAUUGAUCUUGCACAAACAGCUGUUCUUCCACUAUGAAGACACAAAAGAAAGCAAAGUGGUGAAAAACGUUGGCAAUGUGACAUCUGAUACAGAGGUCACUUUUGAGUACGGUGUCAGAACCAAGCAGAAAAAAGAGACGGGUCAAUCCGGAUCAACUUCAAAUCAAGUUCCACAAGAGGGUGCUUUUGGAGGUCCAAGUUCAGAAGGUGCAGGUCAGAGUUCAGGUCAAAGCUCAGAGGGUGCAGGUCAAAGUUCAGAUAGUGGAACUGCUGACGAGCCCAAAGAGUUGCCGUUCCAGUUGCAGGUGAAGUACACAGAUGUGGAUGGGGCUACUGCACUCCGCGUCCUCACCAAGACCAAACCUGUCACCAAGGACCGGAGUCAGGCAGAGAGAAAGAUGAACAUCGAUGUGCUGGGUAAGCACUCAGCUCAAGUGUCUGCCAAUCUAGCACUAGACGGCAUGUACACACAGGCUAGGAGUAGGGCCCUGAUGAACCAACGACUUGCCUGGAGACACAAAAAGGGCGACUCCCAUGAGAGUAGGUCUCAGCAGAGGAAGGCCAACAAAACGUACGGAGCGGUGUUUGGAAAGGUCAGAUCUGUGGAGAAUUACCUCAACCAGGCACAGAAGAGGGAGUCCGCUUCCACAGGGAAGACCUACAGUGAUGACGAAGAUGAAGGAGAGAGGUCACUGGGUGAUAAUGCCAUUGUAGACACAAACAAAUUUGCUGUCAAAGCUCCAACUCCGAUGGCCUCUGGGAGUUCUGUGUUGGCACCUGCAGCAGGAUUAUUUUCUUUUCUUGGAGACAAGAAAAAUAAAAAGAAGUUGAAGGUAUCCAGGACAACAGAAACAUCAGAUGAAGCUGCUCAAAUGUUGUACGAUCUUAAGGUUCCCAGCAAGGUUAUGAAGAAAUAACAUUCCAAGAUGUUGUCCUUGUCACGGAUGGAACACGGACAGACUAGGCAGCACACACAGCUAUACUGGCUUCAUUGAUAUCCAUUGUGCUUCAAUGUUAACUCAUUCACCCCUGAAAUUUCAUAAUGAACGAUUCCAACCUUUGAAUUGGAAGAGUUCAAAAGUGUCUUCAGGGGUGAAUGAGUUAAUAUAUCCUUUUUUUCUUAGCCGAAUUCCUGAUAUAUCAUCUUUCACAACAUUGAA